AUAUUCAUACAUCAGGCAAUCUUGAAAACAACUGAAUCAUAAGGAAAGUAGUGCAAAGUAAGUGCUUUAUUUUGUUUACGUCUAUCAUACCCACAGUCGAUAUAACUCCGCAUCUAGUCAGUAAGAUAGAAAAUAUUUUCUAGCAUACCAAUUUGUCUUCACAGUUUGCAUUAUUUCCCGCUAAUAUACAAUUAACUGUGAAACAAUGGACAGGCUUUGUGUAAUGAAACACAAUCUGGUUCGCAUUUUUAAGUAUGAUCGCGUCCGUAUUACUACCUGCAAGCCCCUCCCAUUCAACAACAGAAAAGCAGAGAACCAGUUUACAUUCAAAAGAUCAUCGUAAUGUCCGGAAAGUACCCCAAAAAGGCUGAGAAAAUAUACAUAUACUUUUGAUUAAAAAGAAAACAAAACUAUUACAUGAUAUUCUUAACCAUGCUGAUUGUUCGUAUUGUUUUUUUCUUUCUUACAUAUACGCACAUUCACAUGGUCCAUUGACAAUUUAAGCUUCCUUGUAAAUGGAAAACAAAACCCACACAGGCUUUCCAACCACCAAAGGAUGUGGAGCAAAUUAGUUUUUCCCCAUGGAAUUCUGAAGGUUUUUUUAUGGGAAAAAUGUACAGAAUCAACAGGACCACCUUGGACCGCUUACAGAAGGUAACAGAACACCGAAACCAGGCUUGUGUCGAGGACAACGACGCGGGAUCAUAUUUCCCCAGUCUUAGCUCAGCUGCAUUGACUUUCAGUGCAGUAUCGUCCACAAUAAAAAAAUCUUGAUUCCUGAAAGGUAACAAAGAGUUAUGAGACGAGUAGAAUGCUGUGACGUGUAAACCGUACAUGUAUUCGUGCAUUUGCUAAUCAAGAUACGGGCCUGCUCAGAUGAGGGAACCAAACGGAAACAUACCAUCGGAUUUCGGACCAAAUGUUUAUUUCAAUAAAUUCAUUUUACUGCUUCUGAUAUUUUCAACUAUAACAAAUGGAUGCAUCUCAAGUGAAAGAGAAAGGCUAAAGAGAGGAGUAAGCAGAAUAUCAUGCAAGGCUUCGCUAACAACAAUAAUGAUUAGUGCAGGAUGUCCAAGUGAUUCAUCCACAUUGGGAGAGAGGAAACGGGCAUUAAGCUGUCAAACUGUUCACCAGAAUUGUACUGAACCCGCCAACUUUCGGUACCACUGCGUACUGAAUGAAUAUGCCAACCAAUCUAUUGAAGUUUGUGCAGUUGCUACCAGCAUCAUAGGCAAUGUGUGCGCAGAGUUUAAUAAAGGAGGAGAGUUUGUGCAAGAACAUUACACUACACCAGUGAAUUGUUCAAGAUGUCCGUUCAUGUAUGCCUCAUCUGAUGCUCAUCAAUAUCAAGAAUGCUAUACAAACGUGAAGAACGAUUCCUCCACGUCAUCAUCAUCCAAGGAGUCAGUUAUAGAAAUAACUCAAUCGACACCUUUUACAUCCAUCAUUUCACCUUUGCCGGAUCUAGAUAAAACAGGAACAUUUUGGAAGAUUCUAAUAGUCAUUUCUGUAGCCAUAAUGAUAAUGAUAAUCAGUGCCAUGGUAUUUUUCUUUAUUCGAAUUAAAAAACGACACAGAAAUGACCACCAAGAACACCAGCCAUCGGAAGCAUUUGCAUUGUGUAACAAAAAUGAAUGAUAAACUAGCACAACUACAUCAGAAACAAUAUCUCUUUGGCGUUGUAUAUAUAUAUAUAUAUAUAUGUCCAAAUUGUGUUUUUAAAAAAAAUCACAGUGUCCGGUAUAA